UUUCACUUUCUUGUAAACCCAAAACUACACUCAAACCUUUCUCUCUCUUUCACACACACACCCCUAAGCUAUAAACCAGAUCAACCCUACCUCUCUCCACUUCUUACUAGUGUGAAGUUUGAGUUUGUGGUGCGCGAGAGAUGAGGGAUUUGAGCAUUUAAGAGAUCAACUUGUUAGGUAUAUGGAGAAGAAGGAGAUGGCUGUGAAAACUGAGGAUGCGAUUGGGUCCUCUUCUUUCCCUUGUUAUAAUUCAAACCUUUAUCCAUUCUCGAACGCGUUUGAUUUCUCUGAGGUGGACAAAAGCUCUUUAGGGUUUAUGGAGUUACUGGGUGUGCAGGACUAUAGUCCUCUGCCUGAGUUACCACAGCUUUCAACUGUGUCCGUGCAACCUCAUCACUCUACAGUUAAGGUUCCGUCUGAUAACGGGAAAGAGUGUUCUGAGGUGUUGAAUCACCAACCUGCCACUCCAAACUCUUCUUCCAUUUCAUCCGCGUCCAGUGAUGCAGUCAAUGAUGAACAGAAUAAGACUCUUCUAGACCAAGCAGAAGAAGAUGAUGAUGAAGAAGAAGGACAACAAAAGACUAAGAAACAGUUGAAGCCUAAGAAGACAAAUCAGAAGAGACAGAGAGAACCAAGAUUCGCAUUCAUGACGAAAAGCGAGGUCGAUCAUCUGGAAGAUGGAUACAGAUGGAGAAAGUACGGUCAAAAGGCCGUGAAAAACAGCCCCUUUCCCAGGAGCUACUAUCGUUGCACCAGUGUUUCAUGUAAUGUGAAGAAGCGUGUGGAGCGAUCUUUCACUGAUCCAAGCGUUGUAGUGACAACCUAUGAAGGCCAACACACACAUCCAAGCCCAGUUAUGCCUCGUUCAGGUGUCUCCGCUGGAUACGCCAACAACUUCGGUUCAGUUUUGCCACCGGGAAACUACUUAUCCCAGUAUCAGCACUACCACCACCAACAACAACAACAGCAUCUUGUCAACACAUUGUCCUCUUUGGGUUUUCCUUACAAUGAUUCUUCAUCUCCAAAGAACGCUGUUUUUACUCAAGAGAGACGGCUUUGCAGUAAUCACGGGACGAAUGCGUUUCUGAGGGACCAUGGGCUUCUUCAAGAUGUUGUUCCUUCACACAUGUUGAAAGAAGAGUAGAGCUGAUAUAACUCCAGUAAUUAUUAGUCAUCAUGCUUCUAUGUGAUUUAUUUUUUGCUGACUUUUUCCUAUGAGACUUAGGUGAGAACUCUAGUACUGGUACAUGUAAUUUUUCUUCCUGACCGGAGGUAAUAUUAGUGAUCAUGAUCAUAUAUACUUGUAAAACCCACUUUAUCUUUUUCCACAUAGCCCCAUCAUGAUUAUGGCUGUAUAGCAUGAUGGAUUAUGAUUUAAUGCAGGGACUACUUCUAGUUCUAGUUCUAGUUCAAGUUCAUUUAAUUUGCUUCAA